UGGCGGAAGACACUGCUUGGCACGUUCCUCCUUUUGUAGGAUAUCGUUUAUGUCCAUAUUUGAUAUAAUUCAGAGGAAGAAAGUACUGCAUUACAGUCUUCGACAGAAACACUAGCCAGAGAACACCCAUUCUAGCUCAGCUGCACGCGCAGCGACGAUCGGCCAUGCUGUUGCGGUGUUUGUGCGUCCAGCGCCUCGUGCGUCUGUGUGGAGUCGACGCAGUGCAUUGUCCGGGCCGCGCUCGUUUCCUCGUGGUUUCUGGCAGUAGUUCAGGCGAUUGCGGUGCUUUUCGUGCGAGAUGACGACGCUUCGUAGUAAGCAGCCCUUAGACCCGACUUAUUAUUCAGAUCUUACGGGGCCUGAGCGCCUUCGCUAUGCUGAAAAAAAUGCGAAUGUGCGACAACAUCGACCCCUUCACGCUGCGAGCGGGAACGGAUACUUCAAGCGAUGUGGACAUAUUUCCGGACAUUGCUUACGGAGACAUCGUCAAUUAUCUUGUUUUCUCUGCGAACUAUUUGACCCUCGAAGAAAUGAAGGCAUUCAAGUCGACCGAGGCGCACAAUUAUUUCACAAGCGGUUGGGUCAAGGAUCUGUCGGCUAAACAGUUGCAAGAUGACAAGGUGCUUCUGCUUGGAGAGGUGAACCACUCACAAAGGUUGCCAGACCAGCCUCUACAUGUGUGGAUUCUCUGCAAGAAACAUGGCCUUGUGCUCUCGGCCCAUUGCACGUGCAUGGCAGGCACUAGGGAGGCAUGUUCUCACGUUGGAGCUUGCCUGUAUGCUGUAGAAACUAGUGUGCAGAUGAGAAACGCUACCAGCUGCACGUCACUGAGCAACACCUGGCUUCCUGCCUAUGUUGAGGAGGUACACUUUAAGAGACUCAAAGACAUUGACUUCACUUCAUCCAGGGUCAAAAAGCGAAAGCAGGACGAUAUCAUCAACAGCUGCAGUUCAGCAGAGACUGAAGUGGAAAAAGAGGUGGACAUUCCAGCGCCAACAGAACAGGAACUAAGAGACUUCUACAAAGCUAUUGAAAGUGCUAAUGUUGUACCCGCAAUAUUUUCAGUGCUGCCAGAAUAUCAACACUACUUCAAGGAGCCCGUACGGGCAAAGCAUGCCCAUUUAGAGAACUUGGCCGAUGAUCCGGCCGGUGUAUAAUGAAUGCAGGCCAUGCAAAAUGGUGCACAUAAUGCAUGCCAACACAAAAGAAAAGUGACAAUGCUGAUCUGUUUACCAUUGCUGCUCAACACAAGUAUUUCACCUCUGCCAUAUUUUUAAGAAGACAGAUGAAGCCAUAAAAACACAGCAUUGCCAAAGAAGUGCAACACACACCCACACACACACAGAUGCCACAAAACUAUACAUGACAUGGCGUCCAGUACAGCGUGGCAUCUAUUGCAAAGGCUAAUACAACAUAUUUGUAUCUCUGCCCUCUGAAAUAAAAUGAUUAGGGGGAAAAGUAUAUUGGGGAGAUUUGAACCAGUGCCAUUCCCCAACUAAAACAGGCUUCAUCAUUCUGUUUUUGCAAUGCAACUAUUGAUGGGUACGAAUUGUAAAGGGCACAGCAGACAGUAACAAUUUUGUCUAGAGGUGUCAUAUCUCCCUGUCUGCAAACGGCAUAGUCAACAGGCAGUGUGGCCUUCAGGAUGACAUACUUAUUCCCGAUUAGCCCAAUAACUCGCUCAACAUGGACCCUAACACUAGCCAGUUUCCUAGUGCUCAGCACAUCUGCAGCGGGCAGUUGUUUCCUGCCCUUUGUGAAUGCUAGUACAUAAAGUUUGACAGCAGAAGCCGACACUUUCAGACACAUUGAACCCUUGGUCUGCUAGAACGUAACCUGGAAGUAAAUUGUCUGAGAGGCCACAGUGUUCAGUUAUGUGCCUGUCACUACAGCGCCCUCCCCAGCCUUCAGCGAUAAAGUUGACGAUGCUUUGUGGUGCUAUACCAAUUAGAUACUUUGCUGUAUUGCACUGAGACCAUGUCUCACUUCUGGGGAGGUAAGAAGAUGGUUUCUCUGUCUUGAUCUCAAAGCAGUCAAUUAUGACGGCAAGAUUUUCUCCAAAAGAAUCUUAAAAUGCUUGAGGCAUUUUGCCUGUCAGAGCACUUCGUUCUGGCCACAAUAUUUGAGUUCUUGGACAGCAAUAGGCAGCAUACAGCCACUUGUCAAAUAUGUGUGACACUGUGGCAUCAGACGCACUAAAUCUGAAGGUAGGGUCACUAAUGUGCAAGAUAUAGGGGUUCUUAUAUGAAACAUAAACACAACAAGCCGCGCGUGCGAACCUGUCCCUCGUUUGGAUCACUCUGCGCGCUAUCGGAGUG